AUUGAGCUUUGUUCUGGUCGGAGGAUCGCAGCUGACGGACCCAAAUGAUGGACAUUGCGCAUGCGCAUGUGACAACGUUAUGAAAAUUGUAGUUACAUGAAUUCUUUUCUGAGGUAAAUUGGCGAAAAAUAUCACAGAGAAGAGACACGUGUAUUUACAGUAUGGCAGGCGAAGAAGAGGCGAGCAGGAAAAAGGUAAGUGUCCGGGUUAACCUGUCUUUGCAAGGUAUUAUUCAAACUAAAGGAGCAUCUCCCAGUUUUUUAAAGGUCAGAAGCGACGGCAUCAGUCAAGAAAUCUUAUUUACACCGUCUUUUAGCAGGAAUAUCUUCAGUGAAGUAGUUCUGACUGAAAUGAGACAUGCAGUUUACCUAAACCCACUUAAGCGCGAAUGAAACAAGAGAUUCGCUGUUACAGUGUCCCCAUUUGACCUCAUGAUACCAAUGUUGACAAAUAUCUCCUUAUGAUUAUUAUCCCAUUAUAACUAAGUGUCUGUCCAGGAUCUGUUAAAGUGUCACUGUGUGUUAAGCGGAACAGUAAUGGUCUCUGUAUGUCCGUCUCUCUUCAGGGUUUUCGGCUCCUGGGGAUCCUUGAUGUCCAGAACAUUCCCUGUUCCAGAGACGCUAUCUUGCAUGGCGCUGGAGGCUCCCUGGGUGCUGGGCUGCUGCAUUUUCUGGCCACAAGUGAGUCUGAACUGAACCUUAACUGCAUGUUUGUUUGUACAUAAUUUAUUUUCUCGGCCAGCUGUUGUUCUAGUAAAGCUCACUCUGGCUCUCUGCUCGUGUGCCUUCAUACUGUUUUAGGCCUUGUACAAACGUAGAGGGGUAUUUUUAUGAAGGAAUAUUCAACCCCCUCCAUUUAAAAAGAUAUUUAAAAAAGACAGUGUGGAGGACGCCCAAUGCAGCGCUUACAGUGACACUUGUAAAGGGGCUGCCUUCUGUCGCCAUCUUGUGGCAUUACUGUCUUCAGACAUCUCUUGGUCUCUUUGACUACUUCAUGAAAAUUGUAAUACGCCUCUCCUGUGGAGCUGAGUUAGGGAGGGGGGAUACCUACGCUGUGCUACUCACCAAAAUACCAAAUUGUGCUUGGGAACGCCUUGUCGGCGCGGCGGACCUGACUUACGCUGUGCCUGCGCCACGUCGCUGGCAAAGCACAAAAAUUGAGCCCUUAAACUUAACAUGAACUUAGCACAGGAAGGUGCAAAGUCCUGUAUAAGCAGCUUAAUGAGAUUCAAGUUUUAUAUAUUCAAAUAUAUAAAAUAGUUAGUCUUAUAAAUAAAUAUAAGCAACCCUCACAAUUCUAAACGCUCCUAUGAGGAACUUUCACUUUUGACGAUUAUGGCGCUCCUUGAAAACAUAACAGUUUUUACUUCUCUUGUCCUUUACAUGCUUCAAAAAGUUACAUUUGAUUGGUGAAAACAGGUCUCGGCUUAGGGAUUAGGGAGGGGGGAUGCUUACGCCGGGCUGCGCCGCUCACCAAAAUACCAAAAUUGUGCUUGGGAACGUCUUGUGGCGUGGCGGACCUGACUUACGCCAGAAAGGAAUGAAAUUAAGCCCAGUGUCUCAAUUUAGGGUCUGUUUGCAAGCCUAGUAUUAGCCCAGAAGUUUGAUUGAUUUCUAAGCAGUAGUGUUUUUCUGUUGUCUGCAGGUCGGGUAAGGAGAUCUUUUGACGUGGGAUUUGCAGGCUUUAUGCUGACCACACUUGGGUCCUGGUAGGUCCUUAUGCCACCUUAUGGAUCAUGCUCAUCUUGCUUGCAUUUCUCUGUCCAACCUGAAUUUUAUUCCGUAAUAUGAUAAAGAAACAACUGGCAUAUUUUAUAAACAUCUAGUCAACAAUAAUUCCUGAGUGUGUUUACCUGACUUAUUUCUUGUUGAUGUGUCCCUCUUAUCAGGUUUUACUGCAGAAUAAACAAUGCUAAGCUCCGUGUGCAGCAAAGGAUGAUCCAGGAGGGCAUCAAAAACAAGCUUGUAUAUGAAGGAACUGUUGCAGACCCCACAAACAAACCUGGAGCAGACACACCGUCUGGACCCACAUGACCUCCAGCACUGGGAUAACUGUUCUGCCUCUGUCAGGGCUGGAGGAGAAAGGAGGACUGUCAAAGCCCUAUAAACUAAACAAAACAUCAAGUUUGUUUUUUUUUGUUUUUGCUGCAUAAAUAAUAGACAGAUUAAAUUAUUAAUUGUCGUUCCUUGUUGGCUUUUUUCAGCUUCUGAUACUGCAAAUCAAAGGGUUAAAUCUCUUAUUUCAGGCUCAAAUGUUUGGUCUUUCAGACAAACAGCUAUCACUGGACCUUAUUCUGAUUCCUUUAAUAAACAAAAAUGUUUUUCCCCCUGAAUAUGCUCUUUCUCAGAAAGUUCACGACUCUCCUGAACCUUGUGUUGCAUGUCAUGCUGGGAUUUUGGUGACUCCUUUCUUCUGUCUGAAAGUGCCAGACCAUGACUGAAGAGAGCAAUGAGUUGAAUGAUGUGCAGCAUGUUUCUACAGUGACAGACAUGUUGCUUGUAUGCAGAGGCAGCUUCCUGUGUGAAGAUUGCAUGUCCACAUGUUUGGGGGAGAUUUCCCAGACUUGCACUCGGGGUGGAAAAACAUGCAGGUUUGGGUAAUUGCUCCCCCUAAAUUACCUGUAGCUGUCAGUGUGAAUGGUUGUGUGUCUGUGAUGUGGUAACCUUGUGAUUUACUGGCAGUCUGUCCUGGGUGUACAAAGCCUUUGCAAAUGCCACUGGAGACGGGCUCCUGCCCCCUGUGAGGAUAAACUGUGUAUCUGGAUGGAUGCUAUGGCCACUGGGAUAACAAGUAUUCUGUGAUAAUUUAUUAGAACUGUGACACUGGCUGUGACAGUGAAGUGUGGUUUAAUGUUUUACCAAGAGAGGUCAGAGCAGGACCAGUCUGUUCGAGCCUUAAAUUAGAUUUUCAAUUCACCCUUUUGUUAUAUCUUGGGGCAGAGGUGCCAUCUGGGAUUUCGGGCCCCAUGAAGGAGUAUCACUUUGUACCCUACCACUUUACCAUCUCCUUGCUGUCCGCUGUGUUUUGAUUGUUGGAUUCACUGUUGGUUCUUGUAUAAAAGAGCUGUAAUAUCUUUUUUUUUUAUUUUUUAUAAAAUGUUCUUUAAAUCAGUGGUUCUCAAGUCCAGUGCUCGAGGCCCACUGUCCUGCAUGUUUUGGAUGUUUUCCUGCUCCAACACACCUGAUUCAAAUGAUCAGCUCGUUAUCAAGCUCUGUAAUGGCUUAAUAACGAGCUGAUCAUUUGAAUCAGGUGUGUUGGAGCAGGGAAACAUUCAAAACAUGCAGGACAGUGAGCCUCGAGGACUGGACUUUGAGAACCACUGGUCUAAAUAAUGCUCACAAUAGAAGGGCCUGGUUUGGCACUACAUGACCAGCAGGUGGCACCACAUCCAUCCUUGUGAUUGCUCAACUUAUGCAUCAUCUGAGUCCUAGGAUGUGUGUAACUGUAAAUUUAAGAGACUCACAACGAAUCUGCUAAAAAAAAAAAAAAAAGAAAAAAGGCAAAAUGUGGCUGAUCAAGUCAAUGAAAUUAAUGAAAUAAUAACACAGUUUUGUCAAGAAAAACAACAGAAAAAUCACUUUUAAUGUGUUUAUGUGCACUUACUAAUAGCAGAAGCCAAUCCGUGUGAUUCCACAGAGUGUUUUCAUAGUUUAACCACUUUCACAGCAACAUCUCACUGCUCAGUGUGAAACUCAGAAGUGUUAAUCAACAAUCAUUUUUAAAUCUUCUCAGAGAGCAAAUACAAGAGCAGACAUCCAGUUUUACAAAAGCCUUUACAAAUUCUUCUGUUCCAAAAUAAGAUUUUUUCUGACCUUUCUCUCACACACACAAAUGCUCUCCGGUCAUGCAUUUCAUGCAUUUUGUGACUAAUAUCACUUUAGAUCUUGAGCGUGAUCUUUUUUUAUCAGCCCAGCAUACUUUUUCUUGCAUCUGUGUAAAAGCAAUACAUCCCUCACUGAUGCCAUUACAGUCCUAAUUUAUCCCUACUGCGCCAAAAGCCUUUUAGUUUUACCCUUAUUGAAACAUUUUAGCUCAAAUCUAGACUCAGCUCAGAAGAUGCUCAUACAAAAAGUUUGACUUUAAACUCAAGUUUAGGCACAGAGAAUCAAAACGAAAAACAAAAGACUUUUACCCAGGCAUAUAAAAAUUAUUUUAAGAUGCUAAAGAGCAAAUAAAUUUGGGUCCAAGAGUAACAUCUGUCAUAUAAUAGAUGACAAAAGCAAACCGGUAACUAAUCCUCUUCUCUUCAUUACAACCUCACUACUCUCAGCAGCAUACUUAAAAUUCAUCUUGACCAUCAAACAGAGGACACAGAAGCAGCCUGAGCAGUGACAGUCACACUGUCUUUUGUAGUCUUUUUUUAGAAGACCUUUAUCUCAGUCUGUUUUACUGUCACGUGGAGUGAUUGUUCCACCAGAGCUGCUGGCACACAGACAAGUCAGGAGCGAGAUGUCACCUUAUAUAAGAGCACUCUGAUAUAUUGUUGCUUCACUUAGAGUGACGCAGACAUCAAGGGGAAGGGAGGAUGGGGGGAGGGGGUAAUGAAGGGGAGGGACAGUGCGGGACAUCUGUCACUGUCCUGGCAUGCUGCACAGCCCCAUGUUGAAUUAUCAGGCCGAGGGUGGCUAUUUUUGUGUAUCAUGGGAAGCGGGUAGGACACGUGGAUCUCAUUUUUUAAGUAAAGGAUUUUUUCAUAAAUGAUGUUGCAUCCUCUCUCAAAAAAACAUACCUCUGUUAUCAUAAUGUCUUUUUCUCUGUUAGAAAAUCCUUAAAAUGUUUAUAUUUACCUACUUUAUCAUCCAUUUUGAUCAAUCAUCUGUAUUUGUCUGUCUAUUUUCAUUUUUGAUUUGCAAAAGGCAAAAUAAGUUGUUCAUUUUCUGUAUCUGUCCUGUGGCUCUGUUGUUAAAAUCACUGUCCAUACUUGGAUAUUCAGAUCAAAUCACCUUUGUUUUCAAAUUGUUUAAAUUAAAAACUACCUUUAGACCUACAUGCCAGCAAUAAUGUGCCUUAACAACAGCCUGAUGAUGAAUAAGCUCGCUAUAAGGAGAAUAAUGUCACUUAUAUCCCCGUCUAUUCCCUUGACAAGGUUCUUACAGUAAAAGCAGGUUGAACAGGUACAAUCUGCUGGUAUAAAGCCUUUAACCAAGUCACCUUUCUUUACUGCCACUGCCUUGGUAUUUUGAGUUGACCGCUAAGCGAGAGCGUCAAAGCACAGUCAAAUACACCAAAGUGGAAACUGACAGAGGAGAGGAAAAGAGAGAGUGCGCAGGAAUAUCUCGUGGUGGCUUUUUACUCUUUGGUGAGAGAGUGAAUAGCAAUAGAGGUACAAAAUCUUAAAAUUCACCUAUCGUUGCAUAUUGUGUCCUUAAAGGGCGGUAAGUUGAUCUCAUGAGCCUGGGAAUGAUUCCAAAGUGAGCCCCCCCUGGGCUUAGCUGUAGGGAUAAGAUGAGGAGUUCAGACAUCUGGAUGGAGCUCUAAGCACAGCUGCUUGUCAAAAGGAGAGAGUAGAGGUGGUCCAGGCAUCAGAUCAGGAGGUUUUUAGGUUGCUUUCCUGGUUUUUUUUUCUCGGUACAUUCAACUGCUUAGGGAAUCCGAGGUACAUGUAUCACAACUGGUUUGGGAUUAGCAUAAGAAAGUAGACGAAUGGCGGAAGAGUCAUUAGUAUUUAUUGCUUGCGAUCUCAGACUGAGUCUUUUUAUCUUAAGUGCCUGCUGAUACCAAGUGUGAGCUAAUAUUUGUUGUAUCUUGAUUAAUUUUUUUCCACGUAAUAAACUGGACCAUGCACACCAAAGGUACAGUAAGCUCACACCAAAAUGUACACGUAAAAUAGCUGCGUAGCUCUUCUUCCAGAAGAUAUGACUUCCAUCACAAGUCUCCUUAUGGUUCUCAAAAAAAUAGUUUUCCACCUCAUUAAAAAAUAAUACUGUUUAUAUAAUAAUAAAAAUAAUAAGUUCAAAGAUGCAAUGCUGUUGUCCAUUUAUACUAUGUAUAAAAUUAUACAAAAAAUUCAAAAUAUUCUGUAUUAUUAAAAGUAUGUUUAACACAUUAAAUACAUUUGUUCCUAAGUCCAGACUGAUGAAAAACGUAUCUGAAACAAUAUUUCUCAACAUGUUGAUUCUAACAUGGGUUCACACGCUUCAUUGUUCUCAUUUUGCUCUUUCAAGUUCUCCUCUUUAGUGUCAUAUUUGGCGUCAUCUUGUGGUUGUGAUGAGUACUGGACUUUCACAUUAAAAACAUCCCAUUUCUCAGAAAUCAGGCCUUUGUUAAAGAGCACAGAUGCCAAGUAGGAGAACAACAAGAUGGACACCACAGCUGACAGCAUGCAGAUGGUCCUGAUCGGAGAUUGCUGAAUGUAGACACCGUUAACCAGAGUGCAUCCCGGGAAUUUGAUGAGGGGUGGAAUCCGAAGCAGCGGCUCCCCGCACAACACCCGCAAAAGCAUGCCUAUCACACAGCCAAGAAUGGCUCCAUAAGCGUUGGAGAUCUUGAAGAAGAGGACGCAGACGAUCUGUGGCAGCAUCAAGGUGUAGGUGAGGUCAGAUCGGAGCAUCCAGAUCAUGAGGACGCUGUUGUCCAGGAAGGUGAGAGAUGUACCAGCCAAGCCCACAACCACAACAGAGCAUCGAAUCACCCACUGGAUCUCCUGCUCAGACGCCUUUAAAGAAGGAAACAAAAUACUAUCAGAACCAUUUGUUUUGAACUGAUUUUUAUCACCUUUUUUUCUGUUACAUUUUACACCCUUUUAGUUUGAAAGAGUUCAGGUAUGUCUAAUCCUCCCCUCACCUGUGUCCUCAGGAUAUUCCUAUAGAUGUUGGAGGUGAAGAUGGAGGCUGCAGACAGUAAGGCAGAGUCAGUGGAUGACAUGACAGCAGCAGCCACGGCCCCAAUACCAAUGAUGGAGAUGUAGGUCGGGGUUAGGUACUGCAGGACGAUGGGUAGGAUGAGCCCCAUCUCUCCACGUUCAAUUGGAGAUAAAGGACCAUAAGAGGUCAAAUUCCAAUCUAAGGAUGAAAACAGUCACAGGUGAGUGGGAAUAUAACGUCACAUAAUACACGAAACAUGCAGACAGGUUGUUGAAAUAUAAUCCGAUUAGAAGGUGGAGUUUUGAUCCUCCGUCUUUAACUCAUACUUGUUGAGGCAGCCACUGCUCCAAGCAGUAUAGGAGGGAUUCCUAAUGAGGGAACAAUGAACGCAGCGGCGAAGCACGUGAUCUUGGCCGUGGCUGAGGAGGAAGCUGACAGUGUCCUCUGGUGGAAAUUUUGCAGGCCCAAAUUCCCCAAACCCUAUAAACAGAGAAAGACAAAAAAAUAAAUAAACAGAAAGAAGAAAAUCAGUAUGUGUAUCAGUCACAUAUUUCAAACGAUGGAGGGAUUUCAUGAUUUCUUUGAACAGGUGUUAUUCGUGAGUUCUGCGACAGAGGUCACCAAUACAGAGCCUUUUUACUACAUGUAUCUCUUUACUGCUGAUCUUCUAGACAUAAUAAUAACCACAGCAAAUUAUAUGUUUCUGGAUUCAUCAACCAUACUUGUCAGGAGAUAAAACAGAGCAUACUUGAUAAAAUGUGUUAUGAAGUAGAUUUAUAAAGUAUCGACUGCUGGUAAAGAAUUAUGGGCCUGGUUAUGUUGGCUAAGAAACAAAUAUUGAGGAGUAGAAUCAAUAACAUGCUAUUUACUUUUAUUUUCUCUGUUUUCUGUAUGGAAAACAGCAUAAGACAAUAAAGAACUGGGGGCUCUGUCGCUAAAAUCAUAUUGUGAUGCAAGGUAUUACUGCAGUAUAGCUAUGCUGAUAUACGCUUUCAGAUCACUCCCUCUCAUGUGACAUUUCCUCAUUAUAGGAGCAGCAGAAAAAGAGUGAAGUCUUAAAAAUAUUCAAAUCAGGGUAGAGAUGUGUGCAGCACAGCCUUACAGAUGUACCUGAAUUGGCCAUGAUCUUUUCAUUAAAGGUGGGGUAGGCAGGAAUCCAUUAAAGAAGCAUCUUUUUUUGUGGUGUAUAAACAAAAAACUUUUAAUAUCAGUUAAUAGCUAUUAGUUAUUGAUGACAUUUGACAAAAUCACAAUAUCGCUGUGUUUUAUAUGUCUGUGUAGUCAACAUUUUACAAUUUUUGAGCGUCCCGCUCAUUCUGACUGCAAACAAACCUCCCCGACUUGAUUGGUUGUGAGGCAGACAAAUAACAUGCAUAAGUCCAAACAAAGUUAGCGUGCUACAUUAUCAGACAGUAGAAACCAACCAUAAAGUACGGAAAACUGUCUGAAUCCUCCUUUAGCCAUGACUGCCAACACAAACAAGAAAAUGAAAUAAAUGCCGGACACGCUGGCGGAAUAAUGGGCACUUAAAAAGGAGGUAGACCACCCGGACAAGAGCUGAAAAGCCGCGUCAACAUAAAAUGAUAGGGGACGCCUUGAGAUUGGAACUUAGAGACCAUAUAACCUUUCUGCUGGACAGGUAAACCACUUUAACAAAGUAAGCCAAGUGUCUGUAACAGAAGUGUUUCUUGUCAAACGGGACCAAGGGCCUAUUCUACGAAGCAAGUUCGACCAAGCGAGGUAGCCUUGGAGCUACUUAGCGCGGUAGCCAGCGGUCUCGCUAAACAGUCUUACGACGCUGGUUAUCAACUGCGUAGGUGGAUCCAGCUUUGCUAUGAGCCCGUGCAUGCAUGUAAGGCGGAGCCCGCCGCAUCUGACCAAUCACGAACAUGGACCAGUCUAGAGCGUCAGAGCAGGCCGGAGAGCGAAAGACUGCAUACUUCACAAACGAGGAGCAGGAGACGAUCAUGAGAAAGUAUGAAGAAUUCAAAUCUAUCAUCAACCUCAAAAGCAACACCGUCACCGCUGCAAAAGCACGGAAGAAUUGCUGGCAGAAAAUUGCAGACAGUCUCAAUGCGGAAGUAUAGUGCGCCAAAAAUCUUUGAUGCCAUUAUCACCCUGAAAUAGCACUGUUCAACAUGCACUUUUAACAUGCACCAGACAUGUCUAAUUCAUUUUCAAGAUGAAUUCAUUCAUUUGUUCAUUCGUAUCGUGUUUACAUUGUUUAUGUGAUAUGUGGGCCAUAUGAGCCUUUCAUAGAGGUGGUCAUCUGGUAAAGUAAGUGGGUCCGUGCGGUCCCUGAAAACUCUUCAGGAGUGCUCCUCCUCGGACAAUGCGAGCACCGAAGUCUAUAGGAUCUUCCAAUAACAGACAAGCCAUUUUUCGAGAGAGCUCAUUGGUCAGUGGGCGGGGUUUUUAUACUCGGUGAGUUCAAUCUGGAACUUAACCUGCCCUGGAGCAGGUUAGCCGUUCAGCGUACGUUGCCAUGGAGACUCGCCUCGCUAAGAAGUGAACCUGCGUCAUAAAACAGGAAACCCCGAGUUACCCUCGAAGUUACCUCGCUAAGCUGUAAUCCUGCUUUGUAGAAUAGGCCCCUGCUGCGUGUUGUAGCGCAGCUAAACUGUUUCCCUCGGGUCCUGGACUAUGUCACUUUAUCCUAGUUGUAGAAGUUCUGCAAACAUUGUGUUUGCUCGUCGUCUGUUAGCAUCCAAAGUAGCACCAAUGCUUUACUUCCACAUCGACUGGGCCCCAUAUGCAAUUAUCUGAAUUAUUUAUCGGCAUUAUAUCUGAAUUCUAUCAGAGGAAUACAAGCGAGCAGGAGUGUCUGUUUGUGGGCGGGGCUUGCUAGAGCAGAGAGGGUAGGGAGAGGAGGAGCUGAGGGGAAAACUGGUUGGGAGGGGUAGUGCUAACAUUCAAGAAAUUCUCCCAAAAACUGGCACUUCCUCAGAUCCUGCCUACCCCACCUUUAAGCCUUACAUGCUAGUGGCACAAUGUAGAGUGCCGUACUUAGUAGCAUUUAGGAGAAUAGGCUUAGUAGAAAUGGCAUUUAAUAGUUAUAAGUGUGGUUAAAUUAGUAUGUAAUCAUCAUUCUGAACAUAAAAAUCCUUUCAUUGUUAAAUUAGAAUAGGCAUUUUAUGUCUAUAUAGGCAGCUAUCUUUCUCUACUUUGUAUCUUUUAUUCAAUGAGCAGCUGCGCAAAACACUCCAGUUGGAAGAUGAAUGAGAAGCGAGAGGUGAGUGUGCACAAAAGAAUUAGUAAGGGUAGAAUUUUUUGUAAAAAUACUGACAACUGGAGGGAAGCAAUGAUCAUGCCUUUACCUGCAAGAUUUAGCUCAACACUCUGCAUCUGAGAGAGAGAUCGUUGUAAUAUUGUGCCGAACACCAUCACAACACUGCCAACUCUAAUCUGCGCUCAGCACUGAAAACAGUCAAGUUGGGUCAAAACUGCAUGGCGAGGUGAUGGCUUGGGUUGCACAAUGUUUUUCUAUGAUGCUGACUUGAAAAAUCAAACAGAUUUCAUCCCACCACCACCACCCACUAGAGGCUGUGUAUUUCUGUCAGACCAGGAUUAACAUGUUCCCUCUUGCUAAUAUGAAGAAAAUAUGACAGCUUGCCAGCCUGAGAUUCAAAGACGUUUUAAUUUAACCUUGACUUCUCAUUUGGAAGUAUUAUCCACAAAAGCUGGAUCAAGGAGACUUGAGAAAAAGUGGUGUACACUGUGUUGUGCCAUCCAGUUCUCAAGGUUACCCUCUGAGGGGAGUCUUUAUCCCUGUAUUAAGCACAGAGAUAUACUGAGUGUCUAAAUAAGGGUAUUCUUCAUCCAGUGAAAGAUGUGUAAAGAUUCUGUUUGAUCUUGGAUCUAAACAAGGAGUUAUGCUCACCUAAGUUCCCCUGAGCCACACUGUUUGCUUUCAGGCCACAUUAGGUACACGUCAAAGAGGAGACAGAGUAUUGAUGUGCAGUCUGAGGCAAAGAUAGGCCGAAUGAAAAACAGAAAUAAAACUGCUCAGGCUGCUUUGAUCUAUUCUUUGGGCUUUUAAUCAUAAUAACUAUCAGCAUGAGAAAAGAAAAAUCCUUGAUUAAUCUUUCCAACCAUGUUUGGACAGAUUAAACUGAGUCAUGACUGGAGAAGAGGUUCCAUUUUGUUCCUCAUUUAAAGAGCAGAAAAUAUAUCUUUUUUUUUUUUUUUUUAUCCAAAGCCAUAGCAGGACAGAUAUCUUUUAACAAAACAAAGAUAAUCUCUGUUACCUAAAUUUUAGAGGCACAAAGUGGAGCUGGAGCAGCU